UUAUGUCACAAACCACCCAUUUAGUCCCUCUAUUUAUUCUCCACGAGUGCAGAUAUCUUCCCUUCAUUACCUCACUUUUCUUUUCAGUCAAGCAAACACAUUUUCGUUAAAAAAUGGCAAUUUUAAUACUUCUGUUUAUGGGAAUUUCCCUCAUGUUUCAAUCUGUUCAUGGUUAUUAUGGUGGUUGGAUCAAUGCACACGCAACUUUUUACGGUGGAGGCGAUGCAUCUGGAACUAUGGGUGGGGCUUGUGGAUAUGGAAAUCUAUACAGCUCGGGGUAUGGGACGAAUACUGCUGCGUUGAGCACGGUGUUGUUCAACAAUGGUUUGAGUUGUGGAGCAUGUUUUCAGCUAAGGUGUGUGAAUGCUCGACAGUACUGCUUGCCUGGCACCAUUACUGUCACAGCAACAAAUUUCUGCCCACCAGGUGGUUGGUGUGACCCUCCAAAUCACCAUUUUGAUCUCUCUCAGCCUGUCUACUUGCGCAUUGCUCAAUAUAGAUCUGGCAUUGUUCCUGUUGCCUACCGAAGGGUACCUUGUAGAAGAAGGGGAGGAAUUAGAUUUACAAUCAAUGGGCACUCUUACUUCAACUUGGUUCUUGUGACCAAUGUUGGGGGUGCAGGAGAUGUACGAUCAUUGUAUAUCAAGGGAUCAAGAACUCAGUGGCAACCAAUGUCAAGAAAUUGGGGCCAAAAUUGGCAAAAUAACGCUUACCUCAAUGGCCAAAGCUUAUCCUUCAAAGUCACCACAAGUAAUGGUCGCACUGUUGUUUCUUAUAAUGCCGCUCCUCAUUCCUGGUCCUUUGGCCAGACUUUUACUGGAGGCCAGUUCCGUUAAUAUAAUUUAAUUUUAAAGUAUAGUGCUUACUAUAUUUAAUUUAAAUAUUAUUAGUUUGAGGGCUUUUACUCACCAUAAAUUUAAGAAAGUAAAAAAUCUGAGAAAAGCGCAAUUUGGCACUUUUUGCUUGGCCAUUCAAUUGUGGAAGAAAAGAAAUUGAUUUGGCCUACUUUUUUUUUUGGGUGGUUAUUGACGUUUUGGGGAGAGGCAGUUGUGAGCUUUUACUGCCCAACUUUAUAGUAAUAGCAUUACAAAAUUGUGUGCAUAGAAGAAAAAUAUCUACCUUUUGUACUAUAAAAGAGCUAAGCACUAAUUAUGCUGAGUAUAUGUAAUGUACCAAUUGUCUACACUAUUUGUUUGUAAGGAAAAAUGCUAGUACUAUAAUAAAAGGAAACUCCAAGUUGUAUUAGGUGCAAUGUCUUGUAAAGGGCAAUCUCUCCACCUUACAAUUUCUUAAAGGUUAUGGCGUAUUUUUCUUC